AUGCGUUCUUCUAUUUUGUCUCUUUGCGCAUUGAGCGCUUCUUUAAUCAGCGCCACUCCUGUUGCGCUUGGGUGCUACGAUGAGUCCGCCUUCGCACCCGAGGACAUCAUCCAGCGUGAUGUUCUCAUCGUCGGUGGUGGAGCAACCGGCACUUACGCCGCCGUUCGUCUCCGGGACCAGAACAAGACCGUCGCCGUUGUCGAGCGCGCUGACAAGCUCGGUGGACACGUGAACACCUUCCACGACCCUGCCACCGGCGCGUCCAUCGACUAUGGUGUUCAGGCCUACAUCCAGAACGACCAGACCUUGCAGUUCUUCGAGCGCUUCGGUGUCGCUCUGAACGCUUCUGCUUUGUCCCCCUUCCCCAGCAAGAUCGUCGACUUCAAGACUGGCUUCGCCAUCCCGAACGCGACUGCUGUUGACCCCAACCAGUUGGUUGGACCUCUUGCCAGCUACCUGUUUGCGACCAUGAACUUCGCCUUCCUUGCUGAGGGCGCCUACGAUAUCCCCGACUCUGUUCCUGAGGACCUGCUGUUGCCCUUCGGCCAGUUUAUCAACAAGUACAACCUGACCGAGUCUGUCCAGGUUGUCUGGAUCUUCGCCCACGGUGUCGGAAACCUCCUCGAGACCCCUACCCUCUACGUCCUUCAGAACUUCGGCCAGCCCCAUCUUCUUGGCCUCUCUGCCGGUUACCUCUACGCCCCCGGCGGAAACCAGCAGGUCUACGACAAGGCGGGAGAAUUCCUUGGAGGCGAUGUUCUCUACUCUAGCACCGUUGUUGCUUCCCAGCGUUCCGAUGACGGCGUCAAGGCCGUCGUUAAGACCGCCACCGGCCGCAAGCUGAUCAAGGCCAAGAAGCUUCUCGUCACUAUCCCUCCCACGACCCAGAACCUCAAGCCCUUCGACCUCGACGAGGAGGAGACUUCCAUCUUCAGCCAGUGGGAGAACGUUCCCUACUACGUUGGUGUUGUGUCCAAGACCGGCCUCCCCGAUCUGACCAACUACGUCAACGUCGAUGUCACCGCCCCCGAUGCCCUUCCCCAGAAGCCCUUCGUCUGGCGCCUCGAGACCGUUGGCGUUCCGGGAUACCAGACCGUCAAGGUCAUUGGCGAGCCUGAUUCCGCCACUGCUCAGGGUCUGGUUACUGGUGCCGUCAGCCGCAUCGGCCCCUCUGUCGGUGCCACUGCCACCAGCGGCGCGGAGUUCAGCGCAUGGGAGGAGCACUCCAACCUGCAGCUCCACGUCUCCACGGAUGCCAUCAAGGCCGGCUUCUACAAGAAGCUCUAUGCUCUGCAGGGAAAGAGAAGCACCUACUACACCGGCAAUGCCUGGUGCUCUGACUACUCCCCUCUUCUGUGGGCUUUCACCGACAAGAGAAUCCUGCCUUCUCUUUAA